AUGGAGUCUAAGAUGAUAGCACUAGCCACUACUAGUGAAGAAGCAAGUUGGUUGAGAUGCUUGCUAUCUGAGAUCCCGUUAUGGGAAAAACCAAUGCCAGUUGUGUUGAUCCACUGCGAUAGUACCGUGGCUAUUACAAAAAUUGAGAACCGUUAUUAUAAUGGUAGAAGACGUCAAAUAAGAAGAAAGCACAGCACCGUUAGAGAUUGUAUCUCUAAAGGAGCUGUAAGGGUGGAUCAUAACCUGAAAACUAAAGAGCAACACCUAGUUUUGUAUGGUGCUGGAGCAUAUAUUUGUGGUGAGGAAACCGCCCUCUUGGAGAGCCUUGAAGGGAAGCAAGGUAAACCAAGAUUGAAGCCUCCUUUCCCAGCCAAUGCAGGGUUGUAUGGUUGUCCCACCACUGUCACAAAUGUUGAAACCAUAGCUGUCUCUCCAACCAUUUUAAGGCGUGGGCCAGAAUGGUUUGCCAAUUUUGGUAGGAAAAACAAUUCUGGGACAAAGUUGUAUUGUGUGUCAGGACAUGUGAACAAGCCCUGCACGGUUGAGGAAGAAAUGAGUAUACCAUUGCAAGGCUCUCGUACUUCUACAAGCAUGAAAGCUGCGGGCAAUGCACACCAUGCAGGGAGGGAACAGGAUGGCUUUGGAUGA